AUGCUUUGUUAUCCUCCACUUCACGAGCAAUUUGUGUCGCACCAUCGAGGAUUGUCUAAAAACAAAGCACCCAUGAAAGUCCUGGCCUAUCCAUGGCUCCGAGAAGAGGAAGAAAACGAAGAAACGAAGGAAAAAGAAGAAAAAGAUGUAAAUCAGGGCUUUUUUACGACAAAAAAAAGGGGUGAGGAUGAAGAAAAGGAGGAGGAGAAGUAG